UUUUCUCACAAUGUUUAAUGAUUCAAGGAAUCUCUUGAACGUUUCAUUAUUGAUUUCUUGAUUAUAAAUCCAUUAUUUGCGUUUCUUCUCUCUUGCCUCUCUUCUCGUCUUCUUCGCUCCUCAAUACUCUACAAGAUUAAGCUUUCUUCUUUUUCUCUGAAAGUUGGCGUAAAGAUGAAGAUGGGUUCUUGCAUGGUUAAAGUUUUCUUUAUCUUGGGUCUCUUGGCCGCUUCUUCCAUGGCACAGGCACCUGGAGCUUCACCAACUCCGGCACCAAAAGCAGCGCCAACUCCGUCACCAAAAGCGGCACCAACUCCGUCGCCAAAGGCUACUCCAACCCCAUCACCGACUCCCUCUGCAGCACCAACUCCAGCUCCUACCCCAUCUUCAACACUUUCUCCUCCAUCUCUGGCUCCAACUGAUUCCCCUGCAUCUUCUCCUCCGGCACCAUCAACUCUUUCACCUACUUCUUCCCAGACUCCUGCUUCUCAACCUCCACCAAGUGACAACUUCGCUGCUGCUAGGUUCGACAAAGUUAUCCUCGCCGGAACCGUACUUGCCGGAACUUUCUUGUCCUUUACUUUGGCUUAAAUUAGAUCAUCUGGAUUCAUGGAGCUGGGGUUGAUGAGAUCUGUUAUUUUGUUAUUUGUUCGUUGACUGUUACUGGUUUCUUUCUUUCUUUUGAUACAUUUUGUUUUUUCUUCUUCUUCAUCAUGUGAUUGUUGAUUAUUUUUAUAUUGGAUUUGGACGGUGAUUAUUUGGGCAUGGGGAGAUGAGGUUCUGUGCUUUACACGUGUACGAUCUGAUGAUGGGAUGUGGAUGGUCAAUGUAGAGAUGGUCAUGUGCAUAUGGGCAUUUGGUGUACAAUAUCUAAUCAAACAGUUUGCUAUUCUUUUA